AUGUCUAAUUACAGCAGGGCCAACCCACCAUACUAUUUUCAAAACAUUAAUAAUCUUCCAAUAACAAUGGACAGAUAUCAUAACGGUUAUACGGUGGCAGAAUGCAAACAAAAGACGGUACGACCAAUACAAACUAAAAUCGGCAUUAUCGAACUAUUUACAAAUAGCAGGACACGGAGGGCAACGGUAUCACUAAUUUCAGGCAUAGUACUUCUAAAUUGUGCAAUUUGCUACCAACUGCUGCAAUCUAGGCAACUCACUACAGACUCAGAGCGCAAAUUACAACAUACAAUUAUGGAGAAUCAAGUAUCCAAGUCGGUCAUGGCUGUACAUAUAGGAAUGCUUCGCAAGCAACUUUUGGACCACAACCUGAUUCCCGUUUCAUCUUCCAAAGCAUUACUUCUUUCAACACGUGUUUUAGAUUUAAAUCAAAAUGAUGGUGGAAAUGUGUGUCUAGACACACGCUCGAUCUCGCAUUCUAUACUUGCCCAGCUAAUACCACCUCAUUCCGAUUAUGAUCCCAUGCAUAAACUUGGUGAGAGCAUUGUCGGAUCCAUUUCAUCUUUCAAUGGCAAUCUCAAGCAAGGUGAAAGUGGUAAGACCCACAAGGAAAAGCAAAACAGUAAGAAGCAAAUUGCGAGGGGUUCAUCGAAAAAAAGCAAGAAGAUAGAGAUUGAAAAUGAAAAAGCUGCAUCGGCAGUUAUCAGGAUAACUCGGUCAAUUUCAGCAUGUAAGCGUUGUCGGCAGAAGAAGAUCAAAUGUUCGCACGAUUUUCCAAGAUGUAAAGGCUGCAUUAGGGCAAAUGUUGACUGUGUGUCCAUUGACCCGGCCACCGGGCGUGAGGUUCCCAGAUCAUACAUUGUUUACCUUGAAUCCGAGGUUGAAAGACUGAAGAAGGAACUUGGGGAGACCGAUUUUCGAAGGCCCACAAAUCCAAAUAUCACUAAAUACGACCUGGUGGGGGUAAAUGGAAAAAAUAUGGAAGGAUCGGGAGCCAGAGAUGAGAAGGAAGAUGAAGAUGAUGGUGCAAAGGUGAUGGAUCAGGUGGAGAUUUCUACUGCCGACUCCGGAUCAACGGCACCUUCAUCUUUUUUUGGUGCGUCUUCAGGCAUCACGUUUGCCAAAUUGAUGUUUACUGCCCUGAACUUCAAGACAACAAACGAGACGACGGAUGUUGAAGAUAGGAAGUGCAGUAACUCGAAUGCUGAUGCUAAGAUAGAGAAUAAGGAGAACGAGCAUAAGCUGGAUUCAACUAAGAUAUCCACUGGCUUGGGCCAAGAACUAGUGCAAAGCUCGAUAGUGGAUACGUCGAUGAUGAAAGGCUUUGCUCAGAACUCGAAAGCAGCGCUUUUACCACCGAAACAGCAGGCUGUCACAUUGCUAUCGCUAUAUUUUUCGCAAUCCAACGCUCAGCUUCCAAUUUUUCACCGUGAAAUGUUCUUGGAGCGGUAUUUUCAGCCGUUAUACGGUGAUAUUCCGGACAACCUGUCGCUAGCAUCGUCAUAUACAUCGAUAAAUAAGGAUAUGCUGAUUCAUAUAGACGACAAAGACACUUGGUACCAUCAGUAUACAGAGAAGUUGGACCAGGCCAUAGAGCAGAAGAAGAACUUUGAUCCGUUGCGGUUCUCAGCCACGGUGGAAGUUCCGCAGAGAUUCCACAAACCACUAUAUUUCAUGAAUAUAGUGUUUGCAGUUGCAACUUCCGUCCUCCACCAGCAGUAUCCAGAGCAGAUUUCUGGUGAGUUCAAGAAUUCGGCUUUGAGAUAUAUUGAUGAGGUGUACUCGUCGGUCGAUCGACUCGAGGCACUCCAGGCGAUCAUGUGUCUAACAUUAUACUCAUUAAUGAGACCAUGUGUUCCUGGCUGCUGGUAUUUGCUUGGGUCCACACUUCGUCUCGCAAUUGAUUUGGGUCUGCACUGGGAGAUGAACUCCAGAAAAUUCGACCCUUUUACUCUGGAUAUGAGGAGAAGAUUGUUCUGGAGUUGCUACUCUUUGGAUCGCCAGAUCUGUGUCUAUCUGGGGAGGCCCUUCGGAAUACCGGAGGAAAGCUAUAGGGUGCCGUUUCCAAGCGAGUUGGAUGAUUCGUUAAUAGUCCCAGUUCCAGAAAGCUCUUCUUGCGAUUAUUCGGUUCAGAAAAGCGGCGGUCCGUCGUAUAAAAGAGUGGCAAUUGCGAUGUUCGUGAUGCGGCAGAUCCAAACUGAGAUCCAGUCGGUUAUGUACGACCAGAAAGAGCUACCGCGAAGAUUUUCGACUUUAGAAGAGUGGUACCGGGACGUCUCGAGAAGAUUAACUGUCUGGAUACAGAAUGUUCCGAGAAACACACAGGAGAUGAACUGCAACUUCAACUGUGAGUUCUUCAACUUAAACUACAACCAUGCCAGAAUUAUGCUCAACGGCUUAUCUCCAAAGCAUUACUCGCUUAGCACGGAGAACUAUCUCACUCUCAUGGAGGCAUCCAUGGAAACUAUAAUCUCGUAUCACGAGCUUUACAUUUACAAGCUCUUGAACUACACCUGGGUUGCUACACAUAACUUGUUUAUGGCAGGCACAUCUUUUCUAUACACACUAUUCAACUGCGACGAGGCCCGAAAAAGCGUACCUCUAUCAAAGGUGCAGAAAGUCACUUACUACUGCAACAUGAUCCUCAACAGCCUAAAACCCAAAUGUGAUGCGGCCUCCCACUGCAAAAAUGCAUUUGAGAUCUUGACUGCUGCCGUCAUCAAGUUGAAAUACACAAACAACAUUGUGCACUCGGUCAAUUUAUCGAAGAUCCCAUCUGGCCAGCAGAUUGAGGAAAUGCAGCCCGGAAAAUAUCUUCCGGAUGGCAUCAAGAACUUCGUAGCAAGCCUACCUUCGUCCAUUCGGGAAGCAGACGAAGAUUCCAGGCGGAAAAGUCAGCAGAAUGCUCCAGUAUUGAAUACUCGGGUCACCGACCAAAAAUGGAAUCGCGAACUUCAAUCCUAUGCUGAUAUUGAGUCUCAAAGCUCACCAGAUGGCGGUGCAUUGCCCCUUGAUUCAUCUGUGUUCAGGUGGUCAACAAACGAAGAUGAUCUCAACAAAUUCUUCGACCAGCUGCAAGAUAUCAGUUCACCCUCUUCCUCGGGCCAUUCAUUAAAUAAUGAUGAGUACCAGUUGCCAGUUCUGUCUUAUAAUGAUGAAUCUCCGGCACCUGGACAGGGAAUCGAUGCUGGAAUCAGUCGAAGUACCAGUAUAGUUUCGCUCAGUAACUUGUCUGCUGCCCCAAGAACAGAUGCUGAUAAAAUGGCACAGGCAAAUGUUGAAGAAGCCGGAAAGUCAGGGCAUCCGCACCUCAUUAGAGACGGAAGAAAGGUGUUUCGGAUGAUUCAUGAAGUGCCAAAUGAAAGCAUAUGGGACCAGUUCUUCACCACCCCAUAUCCUGGGCCCAAGGUGAAAAACGAGCAAGUUCGGUAG